CACUGUUCUUAGGCACACUACAGCUAAGGUAUUCCCCUGGUACAACUAAUAACCGGUGGAAAAAAAGUACUUGUUUUUGAAGGAGGAAGAUGCAACAAGGUCCUCAGCAAGGCCGUGACAGUUGACUCUUGUGUCACGUGACUUAGCUUCUAUUUGAGCGCAUUUUGCAGGUACGGCUCAAUACCGUUAAGAUUUUCGAUUGGAUUGUAAAUAGUAGGUGUAUAUAGUGUUUAGGGAUGAGCUCAGUUGGUCGAGCCGCAUCCCGUGGCUCUAAAGGCGGGAAGGGGGAUCAUGCUUCUGCAAAGGCCCAGAAAACAGACACCAAGACAGAAACUGCUAAGACAACGGAGAAUCCAAAGGCACAGCCUACACCUGAACAGAUGCGCAUUGCAAGGAUCAUAGGUGAGGAUUAUGAAGAUCCUCAACUCAGGGACAAGAUUAAGCAGGUGAUGGAUGCCACCCACAAAAGUGAAGAGGAAGUUGCCACAGCUUUACAUGAUUGUGAUAAUGAUCUGAAUAGAGCUGUCAAUAUGCUCAUUGAGGGGCAAAUUUCUGGAGAGUGGGAGACAUCCUCCAAAAAGAAAAAGAAUCGUCUACCCAGUGCUAAUUCGAAGCCAGAUGCUGCUGCUCCUCGUGGAAUCAGCAGCGCUGAUGUUGAAAGUGAGAACUGGGAUGACGAGACUCCAAUCAAACCUGCUGCCCAAACUGAUUCACAGCAACGCACACGGACUCAGAGAGGGGGAGGUGGUGGUAGUGGUGGUGGUGGCGGCCCACCUAGAAUGCGCGGGCGGGGCGCACAGGACAACAGGGGCUGGAGAGGCAGGGAAAACAAGGAAAACGAGAGGAAUUUGGAAGAGAGCCGUAACGCUGUGGGCCCUUCUGCUGGAGGUGAGCGGGAGCCGCGAGAUUCAUUCCGUCGAGGAGGUGGAGGAGGUGGCAACAGAGGUGGUCGUAUGAGCAAUGGGGCAGGUAGAGGAGGUGGCAGAGGAGGGAGCAGGACAGGCCCACGGUCAUUCCCCAAUCGGGGUGGACACGACCGAGGGGGUGCUCCAUUUCCCAGAGCAACAUCCUGGAAUCCUGAUGAAGAUGGAGCAGACUCUAAAUCAAACAAUUUCCCUUCCCCUGAAGAUUGGUACAAUGAGGAGUAUACAGGAUCUCUCUCGGACACUAAGGUGUUCACUCCCAGCAAUGUGAGUGGGGAAGCUUCUGCAAAUGACCCAAUUACCAGCCUUACAGUAAACAAUAGCAAUUCAGAUUCCUCACCUGGUGUCAAUUCUACAAAUCUCAAUUAUGCACAGAGUGCAGCUGGAACUGGAAACAUGUCAGCAGUGCAAUCACAGUACCUGAGGCAGUUGCCUGAUGGCAAGCCACCAAGUUCUAAUGCUCUGACAGGAGCCAUGAGUGGACUGAAUUCAAUGACUGGUCCAUUGGCUAAUUCCACUGAUUCCAAGACUGCAUCUCGUGGCAUCACUCCGUCCACACCUUCCAGUGGCAUUACUUACAGCACCUAUGCAGCAAGUGCUGCAAACUCAGCUGCUAAUGCCCCUGCUGCUACAAGCUACCCCAGCACUUAUUCCUCUGUUAGUGCAUCUGUACCGUCAGUAUCAUCUGCGGCGGAUACUAACUUCAGUACAUCAUCUGUCAACUCCAGCUUUACCACUUAUCCAUCGGGGCAAACCCAACCUGCCUCAUACACAGCAACUGCGACAUCAUACAGCACUGUGUAUGGAUCGCAUCAAGAGGGAGCAACUCAGGCUUCCAACACCCAAGCACUUCCACCAAGAAGCAAGACUCAGCGGCCUAGAGUUCCACCUCCCUCAAAGAUCCCACAGAGUGCUGUUGAAAUGCCUGGAGAUGGUGUCAACAGUAUUGGUGUGUUGGAUGUCCAAUUUGGUGCCUUGGACUUUGGAACUGAGGCCUUUGAUACGAAUUCUUCAGAGCCUCAGUCUUCACCUCAGUCCCAACCAUCCCAGCCUCAAAAUCAAGCUUCACCUAUGGCUAAAUAUUCCACUGGGGCUAGUGCAGGUGGUGGCAUGGAUACCACUUCCACACCUGCUUCUCAACCCAGCAUGGAUAUUGACCCUUUCAAAACAGCUGGUCAAAAGGCAGCUGCAUUGACACAGACUUUGCAGGAAACUCUAUUACAUGGGUCUCAAUCGCAGCAGUCUCAGUCAAACUCUCAGUCUCAAAGUAAUGAUCUCAAGUCCCAGCAAAGCAACUUCACUCAACAGUCACGAGGACCUGGUGUGGGAGUUGUGGUUCCCUCUCCCCUAGAUAGCCUUGUGAAAAGUGAUCAAAGCUCAGGGGGAAAUGUUUCUAAUGUGAGUGCAAGUGGAGCAGGAGCUGCAGGAUCUCUGUCGUACUCGACACCUAGUUCCAACUACCAAUCAAGUUAUACUAACCAGAAGAGUGUAGGAAGUGGAUACCAAUCAACUGGAUACAAUGCCUCAAGCUACCCUCCUCAAGCAACCUCUGGGGUUUCCUCUAACUCUUCAAAUUCUUACCCUACAAGCUAUCCAUCAAAUGCUUCAAACCAGGCUUACCAGAAUGUGCAGUCUGUUUAUGGGGCAAGCAAUAGCAAUGCAUCAGCAACAGGUGGCAGCAAUUCUGGAUCAGUAGGCUCAACCAGUGGUUAUACCACAUCAGGCACUGCUGGUGGCUACCAGAACAGCUAUGGCACCAGUACUGCCUCAGCAGCCAGCACAAACAAGCUCACCUCAGUACUGACUGCUGCCAAGGACCUUCCUCAGUAUGACACGACUGCCACUUCAACGUCAAAUCUGAGCGGCUCUCUUACCAGCAGCAACACUGGUGCUCCAGGACUUUCGGUGCCCAAUGUCAGCGGAUCUGUCAACAACUCUCCAUCUCUUGGCUUGCCAGGUACAACUUCUUUGCCUAAUGCCAAUAACACUACUUCUACCAAAGUUACAAAUUCCUCUGCAAAAAGUGUUGUACAAAACAUGCCACCUGGGGUGCAACCAAUCAUUGCAGCAGGUACGCAGUACAUAAUGAGCCAAGGAGGACUUCCGUAUUUCCAACAGCCUGUGUAUAGCUUUGAAGAACAGCAAAUCAUGCCUUUGAGAAUACCGCAUAUGCCUGGGUAUUAUGAUAUCAGCUAUCAGCAAGCUCCAACCAGUUUAGCUACUGGAAGAGAAGGCAGUCUAGCUAAUGUUCCAUAUUCAAUGUCAGAUGCUAGGUUUGCACGGACUGAUAAUGCUUCACCAGUUCCUUCAUCUCUUUCACAACAGAAUGCAACCCAGGCUCAUCAACAACCUAUGAUGAAUGCCACUGGGUUCCCACCAGGCUAUGCAGCUUAUGCAUACUAUGGUGGAUCAGUUCUCCCUGCAAAUUACCAGUAUGGUACUCCCACUGCAAUGUACCCUCAAGUAGCCCCUGCAACUAAUGCACAUGGCAACUCAAACUCAACGCAGUACCCCAAGCCUGGAAGUUACGGUAGUAGCUACGGCUCGGGCUACGAUGGCCUGUCUGCAUCACAAGACUACAGCAAGGGCGGCGGCAGUUAUGCUGGUGGUCAUUCCGGAGCGCAGACUGCCAACAAGGCCGGUGUGGGUACCAAUGUCCCAUCAACAGGGUCGUCAGCAACAGAUAUCUACAAUAAGACUCACACUCACGCGGCUCUCAGCAAGGUUAACUCCUAUGAUAAAGGUUUUCAUUCUGGCACUCCGCCUCCUUUCAACCUUGCUGGAAAUCAAAAUACUGGUAUGGCACCCAGUGGAGCUUUUCCAACCGCUAUGUAUAUUCCACCACCUAUACCCCAGCAACAUCAUCACUCUACCACUCUAAUGCAACAUCCAGUGCAUCAACAGAUGGAUAUGAGGAAUACUUCCAGAAGAUCUGAAAGUGGAAACAAUAGUGGACAGAGGUCACAGUCAUCUUCACAGUCCAGCAAGCCUGGUUCAAAGCAAGUCUUCUCUCAGAAUUAUUGGGCAAAUUAAUUAGACUCAAAGCCUGUAGCUCAUUUAUCAACAUUCUGAUUUUCUGAUAUGUUUGUCAUGUCGACAUGGUGUUGCUAUUGGCUCUCUUCCUUUCCUUUUAAUAAUUUUUGCUCGUAUUUUUUAUGUGUUGUUGUACUCUUUGGUUGCUUCAACAUUUUGAGAAAAUACCUAGCAUUUUGCGCAAUGUGAAGGAAGGAAAGACAUUUUACAUCAUGUAUCUUGUAUGUCUCCCUUGGUGCAGAUCGGAGACAAGUCUAAUCUAUUGUGCUCCCAACCCUGUGAACAAAUCUCAUGAAACCAAAGUUGUCCUUGUUAAAGGUGCUUGUGCAUUUGAACUCCAUACUAAGUAUGGUGUAUGCACUACCUAAUUUCAGAAUGUCCCUCGAUUCCCCUUGUCUAUCUGCAAGUAUUGUAUCUUUAUUUCCAUUUUUUUUUUGUUAUUGACAGAUGAAUGAAUGGAAUUUUACAACUGUAUUAUAUGUGUAGGUUUGUUUUGUAAGUGAGACAGUUGAAAAUAACAUGGAAUGAUGCGCUAAAAUCAUGUAUUAUUAUUUUUUUUCUGUAUUUUCUAAUGCCUUUUGUAGUAGGUAUUAUAGAAAUUCAUUGUUGUCUAAUAAAAAAAAAGAAAUAUUGCUGUA